ACUGUACUUUAGCUAUAUCAGUCCUCAUUCUAAGGAAUCGAAUCAAGCUUUCCUCAUCUGAAUACUACAGAAUGAAAUCCCUUCUGCUGCUGAGCAGCCAGCUCUUUGCUGUCUUUGCUACUCCCCUGGUGCUGCCUGACAAUGCACUCGUGGAACAGGCGUUUUUGAGUGAUGCUCAGAGAGCGUCUGCUCCUGCGACCAACCCCCACCAGGAUGCGAUUUACGUCGACCACAGCUCUUCCGGUAGUGAGAUCGAGCCAAUGAACCGCCCGUCUUGGUUCACUUCUAUUCUUAUGGCUCGUCGCCUCCUCGCUCUCUCAACCAGCGGCGUCGCCUCAACGGUCUUCCCCGGCUCCUUACCUCCCGGCCACACCCCGCCGUCCGUUGCAGGUCACUCGAUUGGCCUCCGCGAAUACUUUGCCGACUGCGACGAAGCUCUCCCCUCCUCCUACGAGUACGCCAACAACGGAGAUGGCAACCCGACUCUCCUCGCCCUCAAGGUCGCAACAACCUUCCGCAACACUGCCGCCGGAUCGAACAUCUCCCUCUCCCUCGACUGGUGGGACCACCUCAACGACACCGAACCGAUCUACCCCGGUUUUCCGCUAAGUCCUGCCGGGCUCCCCCGCGUCACGUUAUUCGGAUACGUCGAGCCAUUCCCCGAGCCGAUUCCUGAGGAUGUCGAAAGUGCGUUAGAAAAGUGUUACUUGCGCGCGCAUCCCGAUGCGGAGGUGUGGUUGCCGCAUAAACGGGGCUCGCCGCACGCGAGUUUCUGGGCGAGAUUGGUGGUAACAGAUGUUUACUGGAUUGGGGGAUUUGGGGAUGUGCAGCAGAUUGGAUGGAUGGAUGUGAAUGAGUGGGCAGGUGUUCGGAGGGAGGGAAGUGUGGAGGGUGUUGGCGAUGGUAGGGGUUGGGAGGAUGUGAGAUUGCCGGGGGAGAAGCAGUAAUUUGCGCAUGAAAGGUACUUAUGAGACAUGAAUGCAUUAUCUUAUCGCUGUGGUUUAACUUGUGGCUCUCAGUGGUGGUUGUUUAUCUACUAUGUCCAAGUAGCUUAUCUUCAGCUGAACUCGGGGAUUUAUAAGAGUUCGGUCGAUGCUACGUUGUCGCAAUCCUCCUU